AUGUAUGUGGAUGAAGGAACAAUCGAUAUAAAAAAGGGUCUUUGGACCAAUAAAGUCAAAAUCGACUGGAAUUGUCACUACUAUUACUAUUACAUAAAUAACUCUAUAACUCGCAUUGAAGAAAAGGAUGAUUAUCCAGAGAUCGGAUUUAAAAGGUACAUACAUACUCCAGACUGGUCAGAUGAUUACGUUUACAAAAUAAACUCCAUCGUAUAUGGUGACGCUGUACAAACGGGUUUUAUUGGUGAUUUAUCUAUAUACAACCAUUUAGAGGUUUACUAUCUUGCAUGCGAUGAAAAUAAUACAACUCCACUGCUCAUAAAGUUAUGCAAAGUUGAUAGUGCAGGCAAGGAAGAGAAAGAAGGAGAUUACUACAAGAUAAAGGAGGAAAAUCUGUGGGAUAAAAUCCCAGAAACUGCAUGCAAAAAAAAUUCUGAAUUACUCCAUGAAAUUGUUGAAAAUCUCGUAUCAUACCCUCUAACUCUCUCUUUGAGCUCAACCAAAGACUAUUACAUCAAUGGUAGUCUAGAUGGACCCGCCUGGCUUCCAAAGGUCACAGUUGUUGACGAGUCCCCUUAUUUCUCUUUUAAAUGUUUUAGGAAGUUCAGACACUUGAUUCAAGACCAUCGUAUGAAUAUAGAGUAUAUAAAGCAUGGUGACAAAUAUCAAUGCCUAAAGGGGACAAAUGUUUUCUCAAAGGAACAUGAUAUCAAGGUCUACUACUGGGUAAAUGACAAGAAAUUUGAAAAUCCUCUAAUGAUAGCCUUUGACUAUAUUAACUAUGUACCAGGAAAUGGCGAUCGGUGGGAACCAGAUCUAACCGCGCGUGGAGAGAUUCUUGAUGCACUUGAUAGGGCAAAUUGUCGCAAAAAUGACGCCCAUCUACUUGACAUAACAAAAAAGUCAAACUACCCUUGUUCUUCAUGUAAUUCUAAAACAAUUAGAGUGAAUAAACACCAUUAUUCUAGCGGAAGUAGUAGUUAUACUGAGUACACUUUUAGUGUUGACGGUGGAAUUAUUGGAAGGAUUUCGGAGCAUGGCACAGAUCAAUUCAUAACAGCCUUUAACCAUGACAUAACGGAAAUUUCAGCGUAUUAUUUUAAUGGAACAGUUGCGCUCUUGAAAAUAGUUUCAAGUUGUAAAAACAGAUGGUACAAACAAAAUAGCCAGACAGGUAAUAGGUGGAAAAGACUUACCAGAAACCUACCCACUGAAGGUUACGACUACUCGAUAUUGACUGUGCUCGAAAAUGUUAGAAAUGAGGACUUAGGUGCAGUGGAAGAUUUGGAAAUGCAGUCUUUAGAUGCUUAUGAAUAUGAAGAAGCUGAGGUCUGUAAACAUCAUACUCUGCAUUCAAAGGUAAUCGUGGCUGCAGCCAUAUCUGUCGUGGUUUUACUAUAUGCUGCUUCAAAAUGCUAUCUUUUAUUUGAAAAUCCGCUUAGAGAUGUGGCUUUUAGAGGGGUUCAUGUGAUCAAGAGAUUAAUGCGGUAG